UGCGAACGCAUCUUUCACCAGCAACUAGAAAUAUGUGGAAGGUCAGGAUGUUAGUCGUUCCUCCUAAACUGGUAUGUUUUAAGAAGCCAGGACGAAGAGGUUCUUUACUCUUGCACUGUGGGUUAAACAACAUAACAACUUAACCAUGGAAGAUUCAACAAAUGGAGAAUUCCGGGACUUCCAAGUAAAUGCACUCUGGCUACAAAUGCAUGAUGUUAUACGCAAGGUCUUUAGCUAUCACUUGGAGGGUCCUCCACACUGUUUUUGGAAUUGUUAUAAAGAGACCGGGGAUGACAUUGAGGUAGCCAAACUAACGGGCGUACGCGACCUAGAUGUCCGAGGAUGGUUCAAGAUGUCAGCGCUCUCAUCAGGAGUUGUUUGUGAGAUUGCCUGCAUGGUUAAAUUAACAAAUGGAGCAUCCGGAUGGGAACUCCCUGUAACACUCAAAAUCAAUCUCCCAGGGCAGGGCGGAACAGAAAAGAAGCGCCGAUAUAGUCUCCUCAAGAAGCCGAGAGGACUGUGGAUGGAGCUUAAUGGUGGCAGCUUUCAGUCCAUGGCAGGAGAAACUGGAGAAGUGAUCAUUGAUCUUUAUAAUCAUGACAAGCCCUCCAAAAGUGGGCUUAUCAUUAAAGGUAUCAUUAUCAGGCCGAAAGAAUUGAACAGAUCUUAAAUCCUAAAUGUUCGAUCUGUUAAGAACACCUACCAAAAGAUUUGUACAUAGAGGCACAGAAACUCAUUUGAUCCUUGAGAUCCAAUUCUUAUGAAGUUACCAUGGACUUAUCAAGUCAGCUGAGGAAAACUUAAAAUCUUAUAUUGCAUAAACUUGAAUGUGAGAGUAAAGCAAAUUCCGUUUACGUGCAUGCGCUCUCUUGAAAAUAUAUUCAAUAUUAACUUAAUUACACUCUUAACUGUAUUUAGAUUAAAGAAAAUUAGGCAAGUGGUAAAAUUAUCCCUCGAUUAGGACAGUUCUUUUAAGCGCACCACAUUUCAAAUUCAAAUCUACCUCCUCAUCGUGUCCCUCCAACUAGUGUAAAUUAGAGUAGUACUCUCCCUUGUAAAACUAAAUAAAAAAUAAAAGAUAAAAUUUAAAGAUUAAAAGACAUAAAAAAAAAACCGGUGUGCAAUCCGUUUGGCUUUGGUCCACGUUCCAAAUCACUGUCGCGUCACUUAUAUCCACCUUGGACCUGG